AUGCCUUUAUACCUCUGUCCUUCUUCUGUUGGGAACAGGGGGCGAGCGCCAGGAGGGGACAAGACUGACUGGGUCAUGCACGAGUACCGGCUGACAGAAGAUGCAGCAGGCGGGGCUGUUUCUGGCCGAAACAGCAGCAGAGACGAUGAAGAUACCAACCUAGACACCACUGGUCCGGGAGAAGUGGGUGGUGCUGCAGAUGGUGGGUUAGCCAGGAGCAGCGACAGCAGCCUGAAAGCUCGCAGCCCAGAGCAUCAAACUGGCAAAGCUCGAAAAAUUGAUGUGGCGUCGUGGGUGGUUGUGCGGGUGGUCAAGCGAAGCUCCCUGACAACUGAGGAGCAAGCGACUGUGACGCAUCAGUUGAUGGCAGCACAACAAGCAAUGGUAGCACAGCAAAGGAUGGCAGAGCAGCAAAUGGGUGGGCCUCCCCUACAAGGUGCAAAUCCGCGGCUCUUAGUUCACCCGCGAGGGAGCGGAGCAGAGCUGCAGGCAGGUGCCACUGGUGGGGAUAGAAACGCAGGCUGGGCUAGUGGUGCAGGUGGUGCUAGCGGUUCAGGUGGUGCUGUGAAUCCAGGAAUGAGGAAUAUCGAGCAACGACAUGAAAGUGGAGUUAGAGGAAUGGCAGGAGAGGGGCUUAUGGUGGUUCCGGAAGGAAAUCACGCAACUGGGACCGGUGUGGGUGUGACCCUGACUGUCAGGAGUAAUUCACCCUCGACAGAUUCCCAGGGGGAUAACUCCCCAAAUACCCUCACAGCCAGAGAAUCACCCAACUCUUCCUUCUCCGCAAUGCCUGUAGACGUACGGAGCAGUGACACAGCAAGCCAAGCAGCAGGUUCGGAUACAGGAGCAGCAAAGGGCGGGUUAGUAGCAGCGAUGGCGUCUGUAGCAAUGGAUGUAGCAGGAGGAGGAGCAGCAGUGGGAGCAGCAGUAGGAACUGGUAACCUCUCCACACAUCCAACUCCCGCUUUCCCUCUCCUCAGGCUGCCCACCUCGCAAACUAGACUCUCCCAUUCUUCCUAUAUCCAGGCUGGUUCUUUUGAGACGCCUCAAAACACUGCUGGCAGCAGCAUCAGGCCAGCAGUGCAGCAAGGGUUACAGACCCCGCAAAUCAGCAUGCCACUACUGCAGCAUCUGUUGUUGCUCCAGCAGCAGCAAAGCAGCAAUGCAACAGUGCAGCAAGGGUUAUUUCACCAGCAGCAGCAAAUAAGCUAUUCAGCAAUGCAGCAAGGGUUCUUGCCCCAGCAGCACCAACACAACAUGCCGGCAGCACAGCAAGAGUUCGAGCAAGUGCUCUUUCACGACCCAUCCUUCAGGCAGCUUUUGUUUCAGGCAGAGUCUUCAGAGCCACCUGCCAGCAGAGACGGAGACCCUCUUAUUCAGGUCGAAGCAGAGGCAGAGCCUUUUGGGCUAUGGGAGGUGAUGCAGCAGGGGAUGCGCACUGGGGAGGAUCAGAUGGUAGUUCCAGAAGGACUGACAGUACCAGAAAGAAUGACAAUACCACCUACACCAGGUGCCACCGUGCUGACACCAGCCAAUCCCCUCCUUCCGCUCCCCCCCACCCACACCCACAUCCAGCUUCUCUCUCUCCCACUCACGAGAGCAACACCAAACCAGCAAGCUGGUUUCACGGUUACCUCUCAGCAACAGCAAGGCCACAGUGCACCACAGCAGAGAGGUUACCAGCAAGCGAUCGCAGCCCCUUUUUCCUCCUGGUCUGCUCCUCCACACCCGUUCCGUCCUACACCUUCUGCUUCCAUGUCUGCAUCCUCAUCUGGUGAAUCUCGCCCCCGUGCAACGGCUAGUGUUGCUGCUGCUGCUGGUGCUAGUACUCACCCAGUUGGUGCUGCUGAUUCAGCUGAGCCAGGGGACACAGAAGCAGGCCAAACGAACCAACAGGAGGAGAUGCAGCAGCUGGCAGAUCUUCUCCGAUCCAUCUUAGGAAAUCCAGAGCCCAGCAGGGGAAAAGACGCAAGGGCACACAUAGUGAAUGUUGGGUACCCAGAGCAGCAGCAACAGCAGCAGCAUGACCAAUAUUCCCUGCAUGAAAUACUUCAGCCGCACAUGUCUCAGCAGCAGGAACUCAGUCCCGACCCCCCCCGUCCCAGAAGCGCUUCCUGCCCUGCUGUCCCUCUGCAAGGUGCCAAUCACCAUGUAACGCCCUUUCGUACCACCCACAGCUACAACCAUCCCGGGUCAUUGCAAGGGGCGGUGGGUGUGCAGGGUGAGCAAGGGAGGACAGAGAUGGAAACCCAGAGCGACUCGCUCCUCCAUACCAGCGUGUGGGGGAGAGGUGGAACGGAGAUGGCUGGAAGGGGAAUGAGGGAGAGGGGAGGGGUGGAGAGGACGGGGGGGAAGGUGGCUUGGAAGCGAUUAUCCGCCAUGUCAGCUGGUAUGGAGGAGCAGGGGGCUCUGGGAUGGAGCAGAGAGAAGCGAACUUGCCAGGAGGGGUGGGAGUUGCAACAACAGGGGUAG